AUGUCCUGGGGCGCCCUGUACGCCCAGCUGGGCGGCGUCAACAAACACUCGACCAGCCUUGGCAAAAUCUGGCUUUCGGUGCUGUUCAUCUUCCGUAUCACCAUCUUGGUGCUGGCCGCCGAGAGCGUGUGGGGCGACGAGCAGUCCGACUUCACGUGUAACACGCAGCAGCCGGGCUGCAAGAACGUCUGCUACGACCACUUCUUUCCCGUGUCACACAUCCGUUUGUGGUGCCUGCAGCUGAUCUUCGUGUCCACGCCAGCCCUGUUGGUGGCCAUGCACGUGGCCUACCGCAAGCGGGGCGACAAGCGUACCAUGCUAGCGUCCAACGGCACCGAAAAACCCAGCGACGUGGACCUGGAGACACUGAAACGGCGGCGGCUACCCAUCACGGGCACGCUUUGGUGGACGUACACCUGCAGUCUCUUCUUCCGCUUGGUUUUCGAGGGCGGCUUCAUGUACGCACUCUAUUUUGUCUACGACGGCUUCCAGAUGCCGCGCUUGGUCAAGUGUGAACAGUGGCCCUGUCCUAACAAGGUGGACUGCUUCAUCUCACGGCCCACCGAGAAGACAGUCUUCACUAUCUUCAUGGUGGCAUCGUCAGCCAUUUGCAUGAUUCUCAAUGUGGCCGAGCUAGGCUACCUGGUGGGCAAGGCGGUCAUGCGUUGCGCUAGCCGGCGCCGCAACCGGAGACUGUCUUACAACCGCAACGAAACCGUCAUGAGGGACAACGCCGCCCUGCAGAACAAGAAGAACGAGCUGCUGCUCUCUGUGCCCUCCUCGGACUCGUCCGUUCGCAAGACCGUGUGCUGA